AUGGUGAUCGGAGAUGUGCGCUUCCCAGACAAACGACGACGAACCGCACUCGCUACGUCCCGCUCGCACCCACACGUGGUCCAAGCAAGAUGCGACAAACUGCCCCUCCACAAUCGCCUCGCGUGUUAUCUCCCCGCUGGAGCGCCCGUGCAUAUAGUGACAGGAUCAGCAGGUUGUCAAGAGGGCCGGGACCACUUUUUAAAUACAGAGCCUAGAUGGUCAGCAUUCAGGUCUCAAGACUUCGGCUACACCAAAUUGAAGGUUUACAACAAAACUCAUGCCUACAUGGAACAGGUGUCAGUGGACCUGGAAGGUGAAAUCAUCGAUUCGUUUUGGAUGACCAAAGACAAACCACGACCAGCAUUCGCCGAGUUAUAA